AAUCAUCAUGAAACAAUGUUUAGCAUCAUAUGAACUUUUCAUUUGUGUGUUUUAUGCGUCUUCAUAUGCCUGAUAUAAUAUUAUAUUUUGAGUCUGAGAUUGGUUGUACGUUCUAUCAGAUAAUUCUGGUAAAUGAAGUUCAACAUGUAGAUGAUGUUUGUAGCCCUUGAGCAGAUGAAGACAGCAUUAAUUUUGAUUGUGAAUAUAUUUUAUCAUUAGACAAUAUCCGAAUACGUUGAAUUGAGCAGUAUGUUUUUAAUGAACCUCAAACUCAUGAAACCUCAAACUCAUUUUAAUGAACCUCAAAAGUGCUGUGAAUCAGUUAAUUGAUUUGAUACAACCAUAUUUAAGUGUCACAUCCAAAAGAAAUCAUGGCAUAUCUGCCCUUCAUCAGAUACUUUUGGCUCUACGAUUCUAUGCAUUGGGUACCAUGCUGGUGUCCGUUGCAGAUUUUAUUGGAGUAUCUAUAACAUCUGCUAGUCGUAUUGUCUCUGAUGUGUCUAGAGCCAUAGCAAGAUUGUACUCAAACUUUAUUGUGCUACAAAAUCACACUCAACAAGAGUUUUAUAACAUUGCUGGAUUUCCUAGAGUACAUGGAGCCAUAGAUGGCACCCAUAUAUUAAUACAAUCACCAAAUUCAAAUAUAGGCGAAGAGUUCAGAAACAGAAAAGGAACAUUCUCUAUCAAUGUGCAAGUUGUGUGUAAUAACUCUCUAGAGUUUCUAAAUGUUGUUGCCCGAUGGCCAGGAUCCACUCAUGAUGCAACUACAUAUAUUUAACCACUCUAAUUUAAAAGGUUACUUAUUUUGUUGUUUAUUAUGUGAAUUACACUGUUCCUAAUGCAAGGUCUUACAUUAUUAUAAAACUUGCACAUUCGUGUGAACAAGGUUUACUUGGAAAUCGUUGGCUGCUUGGUGACAGUGGCUGUCCGUGUAAGCCCUAUCUAUUGACACCUCAACCUCAAGCAGUUCAUCGAAUCAAAAGCGCAAUUGGCUGCAAAAAAGCUCGGCAUUUUGGCUAAAGUAAGACGAUAUUUCACACCAGACCAACUUCUCAGAUUAUACCAAGCUCAAGUGCGGUCGUGUGUCGAGUACUGCAGUCAUAUAUGGGCAGGUGCUGCCAAAACUCAUCUAGGGGCCCUAGAUUCGAUGGAAAAGCGCGCGAAAAAACUUAUAGGAGAUCCAAGUCUGCUAAAGAAGAAGCUCCUUACUCUUGAGCAUCGAAGAAAAAUAGCUUGCCUAUCGGUCUUCUAUAGGCUUCACUUCGGCGAAUGCGGAUCCGAGUUGCACAGCCUUGUACCGCCUUCUCCUUUCCACUUUAGAACUUCGCGUCGAACGGCCGGUUUCCACCCCUUCAUGGUUGACAUUCCUCGAGUGCGCACCAAGCGUUAUCAGAACACUUUUCUGAUCAGAACUGCGAAGGAGUGGAAUUCCCUUCCUCCUACUGUGUUUCCCAAUGAGUACAAUUUGGAUUUAUUUAAGAAAAAAGUGAAUAGGCUAUACCUCUCUGAUCAGGCAUGCUAACUGAGUGGACCGCAUCUGCGCUUAACAUCAGGCGAGAUCGCGGUCAAAUGCCUGAACAGUCUUUGAAUAAAAAAAAAAAAAAAA